UGGUUUCAAGCACCCAGGGCCAGCCCCGUCCCGGGUCCCGGAGGGCAGGAGGGGAGGCGAGGGCCUCACCUGCUCUGGGAUGCUGCCUUUCUUGCGGUGCUGGUGGAGAGGGAGGGCGCACGGCGGCCCCCGGAGCGGCUGGGGCCUGCGCGGGGGAUCUGUUGGAAAGUGGUUCUGGUUUAAUGGCCCCUUGGCACGGCCCGGAGACUCCUCUCUGUAUGUAAUACUUUCCUUCAUUACUUACACUUGUGACCAGCGGCUCCCCCUUCCUCAGCGAAGUUUCUCCCGCUUCCCCUUCGACGCGGAGCCGGGACGGGCCGCACACACCGGCGGGAUCCCGGUGCCCGGUGCCCGCCGCGUGUGCCCGCUGCGGGCUGCUCCCAGCAGGAGAGAAAAACAGCCGCGGAGGUCCGGAUUCGACCCAAGAAGAGAGAAGAGGCGAAGACUGAAGGGGCUUGGAGCCGCGCAGCCCGGGGCAGGCAACCGACAGCAAAACCCGGAGCGGCACCGCGGGCACUGCGCGGCCGCCCAGGAGCGGGGGCUCACCGGGGCCGCCCCCCGGGAGCCACGGCGGGGACCCGGCGGACGAGAGGCCGCGGAGAGCCAAGAAAGUAGGGCUGGAGUGGGCCGUAGUCAGGAUUUAUUAUUAUUAUUUAAUGCAGGGUCUCGCCAAUUUCAGAAAUUAUAUCGCUGAAGUGAAUUUAGACGGAAAGUUUUUUUUUUUUUUUUUUUUUUUUAAUUCAAAAUAAUUAAACUUGCCCUUUCUCUAAACCACAAGAGACCUGUUGAAUUGAUUCUAAGUUUCCCUCUCGUUGAUGGAGCAAAACGGCAUGCAGAAGUCUGCGGGGCCCCAUAUUUAGAUGAUAAAUUAUACAAUUUAUGUUGGAAGCAAAAGGAUAAAUAGAGAUUUCGGUUGUUGCAUUAAUUCGUUGUCUGAAGCUGGUAAGGCCUUAUCCACGCUUAAUCCGAAGGUAUUUCUCUCCCCUUCGAGCAACAGAAAAGCAGCUGUGUAUAUCGAAAUGCGCGUGUACGUUCAGGAGUGCGUGCCCGAGACCCGGUGCGGCUACCGGGACCCGCUCCCGCACGUCCGCAGCGCUGCGGCAGCCACUGCGGCAAGUGUGCGCAGCAUGGAAAGUGCCUUCAGUGCCUGGGGACACGGGCUCCCCACCGCGGUCUGCUCCCCUGUGUUCGGGAGAGGAGGGCACAUGCACACCUGUACGCCCAGAAUACAUUAAACCCAUUAA